AUGGCACGCGUCGAUGUCCCAGAACUCAAGCUGCAGGCGGGCUCUCCAUCGGCAGUCGCAGAUAUAGAGAAAAUAUCGGUUGAAGAGACCGUAGAAAUUGCCAGUGAACCCCAGAAUGAGCAAGUAUCGAAGCCCAGUGGGAUAUUACCCACAAUUACCCGUCUCCUCGCGCGGUUCAAUCUUGAAACAAACGGCAUUGUUCCAGUGCCACCGGAAGAGCGGACAGACCCACGCACAUACCAAAUGUUCUUUGUUUGGUUUUCGGCGAACCUGAACAUCCUAACAAUGACCAAUGGCACUUUGGGUCCAGCAGUCUAUGGGCUGGGAAUCCGCGAUUCGUUGCUGGUCAUUGUAGUGGUAGACAUCAUAACAUGUGCGUUCCCAGCAUAUUUCGGCGUAUUCGGUCCAAAACUCGGCGCUCGUGGGAUGGUCCAGGCCCGGUUCUCGUGGGGGUAUUAUGGAGCGAUUAUACCUGGCAUACUGGUCACCUUGUCGUUACAAGGCUACCUAAUUUUGAACACCAUUAUCGGAGGCCAGACGUUAGGAAGUAUUUCUCCAAGUCUGAGCGAUUCCGUUGGGAUUGUCAUUAUCGGACUUUUUACGUUGCUAGUUGUCUUCAGCGGGUACAAGGUACUCCACUGGUAUGAAAUGUUUGUGUGGAUCCCGAACGUCAUUGCUUUCAUCACGAUGCUCGCAGUCAGCGGAAAGCACCUUGUCGAAGCCCCUCUUACCGGAAAAACACCCGUCACACCCUCGGUGAUCAUGACUUAUGGUGGUUUACUAGCCGCCAGCGUCGUCAACUGGACACCCCUUAUGCCCGACCAAGGUGUUUACCACAGCCAUAAAACCAGCACCUGGAGAAUAUUCUUUUAUUCAUAUUUCGGACUUCUCCUGUCUAUCAUGCCUGUCCACUUGUUGGGUGCAUCGUUCACUGGAGGGGCCCUUUUCGUUCCCGCAUGGAAAGCAGGGCUGGGCAAUGGCAAUAACAUCGGCGGCCUGAUUGGUGCCGUCUUACUCCCCGCUGGCGGAUUUGGGAAGUUCCUCCUCGUGCUGCUGUCCCUCACCACGCCAAGCCAGUGUGCGCCGGCAAUGUACACGGUGUGCAACAGCGUCAUGACCCUGGCCCCGUUCCUCGCCAAGGUUCCCAGAUUCCUCCUCGCCAUUGUAUCCACGGCUAUUAUCAUCCCUGUGGCGAUAGUGGGCUCGAAUACAUUCUAUUCGAUCUUCUCCAACAUUCUCGGCUUCAUCGGGUACUGGCUCGCCCCUUUCUGCGCGAUCAUUCUCACAGAGCACUUCGUCUUCCGCAAGAACCGAUGGGCGUCCUACGACAUUCUCGACGCAUGGGACAAGCCACACCAUCGGAACCUCCCACGCAGCUGGGCGUCGGUAUUCACGUUCCUCACAACGAUUGGAUUUAUCGUCCUGUGUAUACAAAAGCAGUGGUGGACAGGCCCUAUUGCGCGCGCAGGGACAGGCGACGUGGGGAUGCUGUUUGGCUUCUGCUUCAGCGUGCUGGUGUUCCUAUGCGCACGCUGGCUGGAGAAGAGGUGGGAUGCACGGCGCCCCGCCGCCUCGCCUCGUGAUGCGUGA